AUUUUUUGGAAAUAUUCAACAAAAAAUGGACUAAAAACAAUUAAAAUUAGAAAGCACACAAUUUCAUAGUUUCAUUAUCCAUCUUGCCAAUUUCGAGCUUUUCAUUAUUAUAGCAAAUUAAGUUCCCUGUUAUCAUCUCGAUCGAAUUGAAGCCGGCUAAUUGAAAGAAGAAGAAAUGAGCACAACUUCGUUUGGCAAUGGUGGCGAUCCUGGUUUUGAUUCAUUUAAUAAUGCAGCUAGCUCCAUUAGUACGGCAGCCAUUGUUUCGAUCGUUGUGAGUGUAAUUGCUACAAUAGCAAUAGUAAUUGCAAUAAUCUACUGCUUAAAGAGGACAGGAGAUGCUAUUCCCAAAUAUGCACAAGCUCAAUUGACCAUUGGAGGUAACAACUCGAACAAUCAAGGUAAUAUUAAUCCCUUACAAGCUUAUGAAACCGACAUGGCCAAGGCAACCAUGGAGCGAUUCAUCAGUGACAUAGCCCGAGAGCAGCCUACUCGGUUCUCUGCGAACGAGCUAACUCAAUGCACCCAAAACUUUCAAAAGGUACUAGGAUCAGGAGGAUUUGGUGUGGUGUACAAAGGAGAGUUCCCAAACGGGAUCCAAGUCGCAGUAAAAGUACUCAAAGAAAACGUAAGCAAAAGGGUUGAAGAACAAUUCAUGGCAGAAGUUAGCACAAUGUGUAGAACAUAUCACAUAAACCUCGUUAGACUUUACGGUUUUUGUUUCGACACAUCUAUGCGAGCUUUAGUUUACGAGUACAUGGAACAAGGAUCCCUCGACGACUUACUAUUCCAAAAACAAAACAACAAAGGAAACCAAUCUAUUAUCCCAUGGGAUAAACUACAAGAAAUCGCGAUAGGAACAGCAAGAGGAAUAUCCUAUCUACACGAGGAAUGCCAAAAGAGAAUAAUACAUUAUGAUAUCAAACCCGGGAAUGUACUACUAGACCCGAAACUAAGCCCGAAGGUGGCUGAUUUCGGGCUAGCAAUGCUGUGUAAUAGGGAUAGUACACAUGUGGUUAUGUCGGGGUGUAGGGGAACACCAGGGUACGCGGCUCCUGAGUUAUGGACGCCGUACCCUGUUACUUAUAAGUGUGACGUGUAUAGUUUUGGAAUGCUUUUGUUUGAGAUAGUUGGGAGGAGAAGGAAUCAUGUGGCUGAGUUAAGUGGGACGAGUCAAGAGUGGCUACCGAGGUGGGCGUAUGAGAGGUUUGAGAAAGGUGAGUUGAAUGAGAUGUUGGCGGUGGUUGGUGUGACGGCGGAGGAGGAUAAGGUGACGGCGGAGAGGAUGGUGAAGGUGGCGCUUUGGUGUGUUCAGUAUUUGCCUAAUACUAGACCUAUGAUGAGUUCUGUUGUUAGGAUGUUGGAAGGUGGGGUUAAGAUUGAUGAACCUCCUAAUCCGUUUGCUCAUUUACAGGAUGAUUUUGGGUUUGAUUUGAAUACAAUGUCAUCGUCAACUAAAAGUGAUUCUCGGUUGCUUCAAUCGGAGAAUAGUCAGUCGGAGAUUCAUGUACCGAUUACUAUUUGAUCGUUAAUUAAUUAUCUUUAAUUUUAAGCGUGUAAUUAACAUUAAUGUAACUAAACAAAAAAAAAAUUGUGAAUGCUUGCUUGGUUUAGUGUAUAAGCAAGGUUGAAGCGUUGAAAAAAGAAAUGUACAGAAGUGAUUAUUUAGUUGUGUA